AUGUUCGUCAGCAGUGGGAACGCCUUCGUACCGAGUGGGAAACCCCUAACCAGAGCAGCUUCCCAAAGACGGGGCGCUCGUCACAAAAACCAGGUCUGUUGCAAGCUGCCGCUCGGUAAGAGCCGUCUAUGGAACCGCUUGCUUGAAUGCUUCUCACUACCGCCAGAGACGAGCUUCCGCAAAGCGGUACGCUGUCUGGGCCUCACCAACAGCCUGGUAAUCACGUGCUGGUGCUGUCUGCACGCUACCGUGGUCGCACCAGCGCUCGCUGUCAACGGUUUGGUGGACCACCCGUUAACGCAACCGCUGCGGAACAAAUACUAUCUGGUUCGUGCUGGGGAGUCUAUCGCAGACGCACGCGGGAUGGUCGAGUCGAACCCCGUCGAUAAGACCUCUAUAGCAAAGUCGGGUUUGACGGCUCGUGGUGCCCAACAAGCUCGCGCUGCUGCCGAGCAACUGGUCAAGAAACUGGGCUUUUGCCAGCAGACGAGCCAGUGCUGGAUCUGGCCGUCGAUGACGCUGAACGCCUAUGAAACCGGUGAGAUCAUCGGCGACAAAGCCGCUUUGGGUCACGAACGAAUUGUGCCCGAGUUUAGCUAUCUCGACAAGAGGGGUCUCGGCGUGUACAAUGGCAGCAUUUCCAGCGACGUUAUUCCGAGGCUGCAUGCACAGGAUCGUGCGGACGCCCAGUAUCGACCACCGGCUGGCGAUGACGGUACCCCGCCGGAGAGCAUUUUUGACGUCUUCAUUCGAGUACGGCAGCUGUUGUCGAAACUGGAAACGCAGUACGGCACCCAGGGCGCAGAUGUGGUUAUCGUCGCGCCCGAUACCUACACCUUGAGCGUCUUAGAGUGUGUGAUGAACGGUGAACCGCUCGAGCGAUUCGAACAACACCUGUUCGCACCGGGCGAAGUCCAUUUCGUUGCGAAUCCAAAAGUGUUCCCGAUACGCGACGAAACCUUACCCCACGAACGCGUGAACUGGGCCAAUAUCGAGAGCGUUCGGCACGGGAGCGCUUCGGGCGGCUGA